AUGAAUAGAAUCGAUUUCAAUUGGGUUCCAUUUCAUGUAGUUGCAUGUUCUAGUGAAGAUUUCAAUACUCCAGCAGACUUUCUAUCUUCAUAAUAACAUGGAUAAUAAAGAAGUUGGGAAUGUAGUAGAACUGCAGAUUAUCCGGUUGAGUUAAUAUUGAGAUUUCAUACAAGAAUUUAAUUAGAUCAUUUAUUAAUAGCAAGUAAAGCAGAUAAAGGGAUUCCAAAAUUGAAUGUUUAUAUAGGUGAUGGAUUGAAUGGUGGUUGGAAUGAUGCUGAAUAUAGAAGAGCUGGAUAAUGUGAGAAUGUUUACGUUAAACCUCUUUAAGUAAAAUUAACUGGGAUAGGGAAUUACUUAAAAAUAAAAAUAAUUGAACAUCCAAAAAGAGCUCCUUAAAAUCCAUAUGGAUAGGUAUCAAUAUCGCUUUUAAAAAUAUGGGGUAUUGCAAGAAGUUAUAAUAUUAUGGAUUAAAGUGAAGAAGUUUAUGGUGCAAAAGACAAUAUUGGUAUAAAAUAGUAUUUAAAUAUAGAUAAGAUGUUGAUUGAUUUAGGUAUUCCUGUAGAUAUGAUCAAUUGGUUUGAAGAUGAUGAUAGAAAUUAUUAAUAUGCUCCGAUAGAUGAUGAAAGUAGAGAGACUUUAAAUGAUUUAAAAUUAAAAAGAGAUUCAGCAAGGAGAGUUGAAGAUUUUGAAUUUUUAAAAGAAUUAAAAAGAGAUAUGAAAUUAAUAUUUGAAAUAGGAAAAGAGAUAUGGAAAUUAAAAAGAGAAUUAAGUUUUUGCGUAGCAAAAGAAGAUUAUUUAAGAGCUAUGGAAUUAAGAAAUAGAUUAAAAAGAUUAGAAGCUAAAAGAGAUACAUUUGAUGCAUUAUAUGAAACGAGUAGAUAUGAAAAGAUGAUUAAUUUAUAAAGACCUACAACAGCAGAAUAUAUGAGACAUCUAGAAUAUUUAGAAAUGUAAGAAUAAAUGAAUGCAGAUGCAUUAAGAAGAUAAAGAGAAUUAGAAGAAUAAAAUAGAAGAAAAAUAAUAUAAGAAGAAUAAAAUUAAUUAGGAAAGAGUAUGGAUAAUAAAAUAGAUAAAACACCAUGGUGGGAAAAAGGAGGUGACGACAGAAAUAUUAAAAAAAAGAAAAAGAAAGAAAAAAAAGAAGAUGAUGAACCACUUUUAAAUUUUAAUAAUCCAUUUGCAUUUAAUGAAGGUGAUGUUGAUCUUGAAUUAUAUCUUAAUCCUUUACUAGCAUAAGCAGGAGAAAAGAUGGUUGAUAUUCCUUUGGAAAUAUUAAGAAGAUUGCAUCAAUUAGGAUAUUUAACUGUAUUUGGUGCUAAAGCAUGGACAGGUAUUCAUAGUGAUAGUUGGAGAAUAAGAGAAGCUUGUGCUUAAGCAGUAUUAAAUUUCUUAGAGAUGCCACUUCCUGAUAAAUAUAAAAAUGGUAAAACUAAAAAAUUGUUUCUGGCUGCCAUGGAAUUUGCCAAAAUUUGUAUGGAAGAUAAAAUAUUAUCAAUCUAUUUUAUUGGAUUAAAAAUAUUAUCAACUGCUUUAGCACCUCCUGUUUGUGGAACUGAUGUGUCACCUGCUAUCAUAAAUAAAGUAUUAAAAGAAUUCACUCCAAUUCUUAUUGAAAAAAUUAGUGAACUUAAUUUUAGAGCUAGAGAUAUUAGUUUACAUACUCUCUUAAGUAUUUAUAGACAUCCUGCUGCUAAUCUUGGAAUGCUUGUAUUUUAUAUAUAUAUCAUUUUAGGUCUAAUGCUGUUUUGACAAAAUGGUUAUGGAUCCUAAUUUUCCUACUUUAUUUGUACCACCUGAUAAAUAACCAACUAGAAUCAUUUAAGCAAGAUUAGAAAUCGUAUCUAAUAUUCUUCAAGAAUUUGGAUAUGAUUAAAGAUAAUUUAAUCAUCAAGAUAUCUUCUUUAUUCUAGCAACUCCUUGUCUUUUUCAUUAAGCAAAUGAAAUAAGACUUUUAAGUAUUGAAGUCAUUGCUGCUCUCUAUUAAUUUGUAGGAGUAGAAAUUAGAACCAUGGUGGAUGCUAUCGAAAAUCUUAAACCUGGUUUAAAAGAUUAAAUUAUGGCAAGACUUGAUGAAAUUGAUUAAUAGGCACCUGGAAGUAAAUAAGUUGAUAGAGGACUUAGUCUUGUACCUGAAGAAGAAUAAGAAGAAAAUCAAUCAGCAUUACUCAAAAAAUAAAAAGAUAAUGCUAACACUUAAAAGUAAGAUCUUGAUAAAUCAUAAAAUAAUAUAUCCUUAAACAAUGCAUCUUAAACCAAGAACCCAGAUAAACUAAACAAUUCAUAAUUAAGUAAAAAGUGA